GGCGGAAUGAGUUGAUUGCACGCUACAUUAAGUUGCGCACGGGAAAGACUCGUACCAGGAAACAGGUAUCUAGUCACAUACAAGUGUUAGCCAGGAAGAAAAUGCGCGAGUUUCAGACUUCCAUCAAGGUGUCUAGUCACAUACAGGUUCUGGCCCGGCGGAAAUCUCGCGAGUUUCAGGCCAAGCUGAAGGGAAUGAACAUGGAUCAGACGACGAAGGAAAAAGCGAUGCAGAGCAUUGCCAACAUGUCAUCGGCACAGAUCGUGUCAGCCACCGCAAUCCACAACAAGGUGAUGGGGCUCACAGCUCUGCCGCAGCCUUCCUACCCGACAGCAACCGGGUUCUGGCCAGGUGCUCUGCCAGGGCAGCCGGGCUCCUCACAAGACAUCAAGCCCUUCGUGCAGCAGCCGUAUCCUCUGCAGGCAGUCGCCGCCAUUCCAGGAUACGAGAGCGCGGCCGGUCUUAACCCUCCUCCUGGUGCGGGCCCCGCGUGGCAAGGCCGUGCCAUCGGGACGUCAAAACUCCGCCUUGUGGAGUUCUCCGCCUUCCUGGAGCAGGCGCGAGACCCAGACACGUUCAACAAGCACCUGUUUGUCCACAUUGGCCAGUCAAACCCAGCGUACAGCGACCCACUGCUGGAGGCAGUGGACAUUCGCCAGAUCUACGACAAGUUCCCCGAGAAGAAGGGUGGCCUCAAAGAGCUGUACGACAAGGGCCCACAGGAGGCGUUCUUCCUCGUAAAGUUCUGGGCGGACUUGAACACGAACAUCCAAGAAGAGGCCGGGGCGUUCUACGGUGUGACGAGCCAGUACGAGAGUGCGGAAAACAUGACCAUCACGUGUUCCACAAAAGUGUGCUCGUUUGGCAAGCAAGUCGUGGAGAAAGUGGAGACGGAGUACGCGAGGUUUGAGAACGGCCGCUUCGUCUACCGCAUCCACCGUUCCCCGAUGUGCGAGUACAUGAUCAACUUCAUCCACAAGCUCAAGCAGCUGCCCGAGAAGUACAUGAUGAACAGCGUGCUGGAGAACUUCACCAUCCUGCAGGUUGUAACCAACCGAGAUACGCAGGAGACGCUGCUGUGUGUGGCGUACGUAUUUGAGGUGUCCACAAGUGAGCACGGUGCACAACAUCACAUCUACAAGCUGGUUAAAGACUAAGCCCCAUGCCAACCUGUACAAUCGAUAAACAAACUUCAAAACAAAAAUCACUUGUAAAGUACCAGUGCCUCAGACCCUGUUUGGGAUAUCGUCUAAAAACAUGUUUGAGCCUUGUGACAACACUCUAGCAACAGGUUAGAGGAUUACUAAGGUAUGUUUGGUACUGCUUAAGUAAGGGAGGCUUAAGGGAUGGGUGAUUUAGUCGUAAAAAAAUACAGAACAAUUGUAGAUGUUGAAGCAUCUUGUAUUUUAUUAUACUGCAAAAGAGUGGCUAUUGGGGUACACCUUAGAUUUAUUUCUAUAAACAGUGUAUAUUUUUUGGAAAGUAUUUUGUAGAAGAGACUGGAUAUUUUUGCUGUCGUAGGAAACCAAUCGGUACUUGUCGUCGUUUCAUUUUAAUUUAACAACCCCCUUCCUCCCCUCAUACGCCCGCACCCCUGCGAUGCUUUAUUCACAUUUCCGGCUUAUUUAGAAAGUUCAUAUUUUUUUCCCCUCGUUCAGUCAACCAUCGCGUCAUAUCUGCACAUAGUCUAGUUGCACAUUUUUUUUUUGUCUUUGUGAAAGAAAUCACUUUGUGUCGCUCAUCGUGAAAGUGAAGGCAUUUGGAAUUUAAUCGGUCUGAACAACAUUAACCAAACUAUUUCUGCCCUCAAUUCCCCCACCCAUUUAUCUAUACGUUUUAGAUAUCCCGUUUGUCAUAACUGAACCUCACACGCUUGUACUUAAAGAUUUUUUUCACGGUACAAGGAACGAGUUCCGUUUGGAUGCGCUGAUGUAAAAGACGGUGGUUAUUUGUUUAAAAAAAAGAAGUCACCUUUGCAUUUUACUAGACGUUGCAAUUGAUGCAAUAACAUUGCAAAGAUUCCCAGGGGCCUUGGAUUAACUUUGACUGUGUAUUGAUACUGUGUCCUGCCUUCUUUUUGGAAAUUAACAUUGGGUGCCUAUGCUGUAGUCCGUACAAAAUAUCAAGUGGUUUGUAACUCAAAAAUAAGGGUAUUCCUAGGAGAAAACAGAAACAAAAAAUGGGAAAAUAAUACUGAAAGAUUAUAUAUAUAAAAAAAAAACACAGAGCAUUUAAAUAUCCAUCCAAAGGCUGCAUUUAUGUGUGUUUACGACAGUUCACCGGGAAAUGCCUUUUAGUCAUUUUACAAGUGCAGUUCAGCAGCCAGCAAAGUGUUUCUAUAAUCAAGACUGUUGUGUCGGUCUGUGGAAUGUGAUUCUGUAAAGGGGAAAGAAAGCACUCUGUGCCGUCUUACGCGUUACUGUGAUUUGAAAUUAACAGGUACAUUUAUUUACACGGACGGUACUAAAAGUGUCAUGUGGUUUAAAGUUUUGGUCAGUUUAAGUCCGUCGGCUCCGCGUGACUUGCUUCGUUGGUGGUGGGUUCUGAGCUACUGUAUAGUGAUCUUAAAAUAACACGUCGGUUAAAAAACUGAGCUUACACUUAGUGACGUGGGAGAAUUUUUUUUUUAAAGAAUAGCGAGUAAAAAAAAUAUAUGAAAGAAAAAAAAGGCUUAAAAUUUGGAGGUGGCUAAAAAUCAUACAUCACGUGCCUCAAUGGAAAUUUAUACAAAGGUUUCUGGCUUUCUAAAAGUGUUCUUUUUGUAUGUUUAGAGUGUAAACUUCAGUAUCAUAUAAAAUAUGAGUAAGGAACAUUACCUCAUUCUUAUGCAGGUUUGUGUACAUACAUUUUUUCGUGUUGAAUUACAGUGCUUGAGACAAAAACAAUAAUUGUGCGUGACGGCUGUCCCAGCGCUGUGCUUUCUCCCACCAUAAGGCCCACCCUUUGGCUGCCUAGACUUGCUUUAACUUAACAGACUCGAAAUUUGUGUUUUUGUUGUUUUUUUGUUUCACGAUCAACACACUGCAUUGUCACUGCAAUGGUAAAUAGUCAUUAUUUACACUCUGUAGAUUCCUCCGAGCCCAAUUAUUACGUCGGGGUUCUUGUAGAAGACGGUGGAAUGACAACGUAAAAUAUUCAAACCCUCGCAGGGCAUGUGUGAUUGUCUAUCUGUAUAUUCACACACGUCGUAUGCAAUGUUCAUCUCGACAUGACUUGUUUUUUGCCCUUGAAUUUUUCUUUGAGAGAAAAAAGGCUUAACACGGUGUGUAACCCAAACCCUUACUUGUCAGUAUGUACGUGUUUGUACACUUGUGGAUAGAAUGGGUUUUAGGGACCCCCCCUCCCCCACCCACCCCUCUAGGUAUUUAGUAGUUGGGUCUUUGUUGUGGUUCACAUUAAAUCAGGUCCUCGCAAUCCAUUCAAGUAAAUGAAUUGGUAGAACACUGAAACUCGCUCACGUUUAUUAAUGUAUAAUAAACACAAGACGUUUUAUUUUUUAACUGGCACUUUUCGGGCUGCAUAACAAAUUGGUACGCUCCAAUUUGGUCGUAACAUUCACUUCGUUCAUCUGGCCGCGCCCCCUCCACUAACCCUCGUGUGCCAAUUUGUUUUGUGUGUUGGCAUCUGGCUUUUAUUUAGGUAAUUGAACUUGAAAAAAAGGGAUACAAUAUGAUCUUUGUGACACUUGGACACAUUGUUUUAAUACUCCCCCCCCCCCACACACACACACAACAACCCGUGAUGAAAUGAAUGGUUGCAAUUGGCCCGCGUCCCACACACGGGUUCUGCCAGUGGAUGGGGGGGGGGGGCACGUUUUCUCUCUCUCUAUAAGCGAUGGCCCCUUUUUGUGGCAACUUUCACGAAAGUUAGCGGUGCCCUUUCCAAAUCCUGGGAGCGACUCGCCACGCACGCCACCUGUUGCUGUCAGUGACGCGUUUUGUAUUGAACACACGGCGAAUUGUGUGUGUACUGUCUCUCAUACUCGUGUGUUGUGAAUCAAAGUUGUACCCAAAAGUGUAGCAAACAGUACAUAUUAGGGAUGAGUUUAGGAUUAAAAUAUAUAUACUAUUCUUGGGGGAGAUUUGUGAGGAUAAUUUCAGAUGUUCUGAUUUUCAGAGCAUUUACACGAUCGGGUUAUUGAACAAAAGUGACGUUACCACACUUGAAGCCACUUGAAAAAUUGCAGAAGUGGCAUUGUGACGUUUCCCACAAAGUUAUACUUUUGCAUAAAUCCGAUUUUUUUUAUUAUACCCACGGAUCAGCCAAAUUUUGUAUCUCGGCCUGAAUUUUUGAUUCUUUUUUUUUUACGGUUUAUUUAAAAGUUGGGAGCAACAUCCCUCCUACAUAUAUCACGAACACAUACACACGCCCCUAUGGCCAGGGAAUUAUUUUCCCAAUUUCUAUGUCGGGUUCAACCUUUCUCGUUGAAUGUUUAUGCCGUGCUGGAUUCCUUUGGGUUUGGAGGCUUGCAAAAUAUGAUUAAUAUGAAAGAAAGCCUUGCAUUGUUAAUGAGUCCUAGUGCAGUACCCUGUAUGAUACAACUGCUCAGCAGGGGGCAGUAUUCACUACCAUUAUUAUAUACUCUGAAAACAAUGCAGUGAUGACACGUUUGGCAAUGAAUGAGUUUCAUGUAUGUGCGUUUUAUGAAAGGUAGAUGACAAGUUUUUACUCCUGGUUGAUGAUAUAAAUAUGUAAUAUAAAUUAUUUGGUUUAUAACUGAAACUUGCAGAAAUUUUCUUUUUUUUUAAUGUUUUGAUCAUUUAAAAAGUUUAUCACAAGGGUAACCAAAAAUUAUAUAUAUGUAUCCAUACCUAAUUUGGUAACUUGUUUAAACUAUUCUGUUGUCCAUAAUGGUGUGGGAAAGGGUUGUCUGUAUUGCUGUUUGGUGUUGGUUUUUUCAAAAGUAUGCUCCAUGUAUGGUAUCUUGUUACAUAUGGUGGCCGUGGUAUAUUGCCAGUAAUGCUGGAGACUAAAACACACACACACGAAAAACCUUUAAAAAAAAAACACAAAAAAAUGUACCCUAACAGUGCUGUUACUCUAAUUGAAUUCUCUCUUGCGAGAUCCAGUUAAUCAUGUACAUCCAUGACAGACCAGUGCAAUUGAUUGGUCCUAUUAUCAAGGCCAAAAGCUUGUCUCAACAUUAACAUGUCUUUCUUACGCUGUCCUUACCCACUGCCUUCUCAAACUGAAUAUAUACAAAUGCCGUAUUUGUUGUGUUCAUAUUAUUUGUGCCAUUAUGUUUGUACGUGAAAUAAAUUUCGUUAUACAUGA